AUGCUGACCCUGCUGCUCAUCCUCGUGCUCAACCACUCCGUUUUGGCCAUGGGAGUUGACAGCAACGACGUCAACUUCGACCUGGGCUAUGCUAUUCUUCUUGGAGGACUGUUCGUUCUCCUCGUCUACCAACUGAUCCCGAGGCGUCAACGCAAGAUCAGCUAUGAGGAGCAGGAGGAUUUUGAGGAGGAAGCCGACGACGCGGUGCCCCAGAACAACUCUGAGGCGGAGAAGGAUCUCGAUGAAGAUCUUCUACAUGCCGAAUCCAGGGAAGAGGAGAACGAGAAGGCGGAUGAGGAUCCAGCUCAAUAUAUUCUAAAGACGACACCUCUCGAAUAUAGCAAUGCAUUGAGGAGCCUGAUCGGGCUCAUGGCCAUCAAGAAGUCCAAAUCAUUGAUGUGGGACUGCCCGGCCGCCUACUGGCAGUCAAAAUUCGAUGAGCACACCAAGACGUUGAAAGCCGGUGUCGCCAAGAAGGCCGUCACGAUGGAGCUGCUGAAACGUGUGUGCCUCCGUCUGGCACGCGGAUUCGCUGCAACUCUGAAGAUGUCGGUCUUGUCGUUGUUGAAGAAAUCGCAGAAGCAGCCUGAGGAGGUGUUCGUCGCCAGGACGAGCGCUGAGCAUCUGCGUAUCCUCAUCGGCAACCAGCUGUUCUCAGAGACCCUCCCGGAAGUGUCCAAGUUCCCGGCCUGCUACGAGGACUUCAUCUACGCCUGGUUGUACCGCCUCGAGACGGAGGGCAAAUGCAGCGCCGGCCCGCAAGCUAUUGAGGAAGCUUUCGUCUCGCUGGCCGAGGCGGUCAUCGACAAGCUGACAGUGGCAUGCUCCCACCCGGAUGAGGCUGGGCCAGACGGCGCGAGGCAAGCCAACCGGGAGAAAGAAAUGCUCAGUCGAUAUCGAUCC